GCCAUCAUAAACCGGUUUUAAUUCUCCAUUAUCCGUCCGCAAUCGAUAUUAGCAGAAUCGAACUAUUCGUGAUGCAUCUGUAUUAUUCGAUUAUUCCAUGGUAGAAGAAAAAAUGGCGGCUCUCAAGGAUGUUGUCUCUUUAUAUCAAAACUUAAAACGAGAAUGGACAAAAACCCCGUGUAAUUUGAGAAAAUGUGGCGAAUUGCUCAAUCAACUAAAGAUUGGCCUCACUCAUCUGAUGUUCCUUCCGACGUCAAACAGCACUGCUAGUCAAAAUGAAUUGCUUAUUGCCAGAGACAUAUUAGAGAUUGGAGCACAAUGGAGCAUUGCAACUGAAGAUAUACCUUCUUUCGAACGGUACAUGGCGCAACUGAAAUGUUAUUAUUUCGAUUAUAAGUCUGGAUUAUUGGAAUCAGCAUACAAGUAUCAGCUUCUCGGUUUGAAUCUUCUGUUUCUGUUAUCUCAAAACCGAGUUGCUGAGUUUCACACAGAGCUGGAGUUGUUGCCAUCAGAUCAAAUACAGUCAAACGUCUACAUAAGGCAUCCUCUAAGCUUGGAGCAGUAUUUGAUGGAGGGUUCAUACAACAAGAUCUUUUUGGCCAAGGGUAAUGUGCCCGCUGCGUCCUACAAUUUCUUCAUAGAUAUUUUACUGAAUACCGUGCGCGAUGAGAUCGGCGCGUGUAUGGAGAGUGCGUACGACAAAAUUUCCAUUCAGGACGCCGUACGGAUGUUGAAUUUGAGCACGGAAAAGGAAAUUAGAGCCUUCGCUUCUAAAAAGAACUGGAAUCUAUCGAAGGACGGCUAUUUCUACUUCAGUACAACCAGUGAGAAGAAGUCUGAAGAGCCUAUACCGAGCUCCGAACUGGCAGCCCUCGCGAUAGACUAUGCCCGAGAAUUAGAGAUGAUUGUGUAAUACAUUUGCGCGUUUUUUCUGUAUUUUACAUUUAAAUAAACAUUGUAUCGCUCUUGUA